GUUACCUGCAUUCUUUAAAGACGGAUGUGUGGUUUUUAGACUGGCACUGACAGGAAGGUGUGGGGAGAAAGAGAAACCUCUCCUGAUGACAAGCUGGUAUCCAGAACAUGGAGUGACAUUAGAAGACUCCAGAAGUGGGACUUACAGAAGUAACAGCACGUCUUUUUUUAAUGUGUAUUUCUCUGCAUUUCUUGACAGGAAGGCCUUAAAUCAUGAACUUUCUAAACUUUUCAGUGAGAUGUGGGAUAUGGAUGUUCACCGCCUCAUGCCUGGGAGAGACUACACGAUUGAUGUGCAGGGAAAAGCAGGUCCAGCACAGCCAGGGGACAGUGCUGUCCAGGACAAUGCAGCCAGACAUCUGUUCCACAAUGUAAAUGAAGGACUCCUGAAGAGCAUAAAAACUUUUGCAACCUUUAUUUCCUUAUUGGACAACUAUGAGACAUCAACUGGUGUAGCUGAAGUAGUGACUCCAGAAGAAAUAGCUGAAAACAACAGUUUUCUUGAUGCUAUCUUAGCAACAGAAGUCAUGAGGCGAGCUCAUGAAUAUCUGCUCAAAAAAAACCUAGCAAAGCCAAACCUUACUGAUUUCAAACAUCAGCUCUAUGACAUCUGGUUCCAGCUCUACGCCAGGAAAGGAGGAGACAGACCCGAUUCUUGUGGUUUUGAGCAUGUUUUUGUUGGAGAAACAAGGCAUGGCAAAGAGAUCUUAGGUUUGCACAACUGGGUGCAAUUCUACCUUCAGGAAAAGCGCAACCAAAUUGAUUACAAGGGAUAUGUCGCUCGGAAGAACAAAACCAGGCCUGACAAAGAUGAUCAAGUUUUAAGCAUCCAGUUCAGCUGGAAGGGCUCGGUCAAGCCAAUUGGAAGCACCUUUAUUGGUGUGAGCCCGGAGUUUGAAUUUGCCCUUUACACCGUCAUUUUCCUGCUGUCUGAAGAAAAAGUCACCCGUGAAACAGUGAAAAUAGAUGAGUAUGAGCUACAGAUGGUUGUCUGGCGCCAUGGGCACCACAUUGGAACAGCAUAUCCUGUGCUGCUCAGCACCAGUAGUGAAGACUCGUAGUUAGAGCAGUCCACACUCCUUUUUUUUCCAGAAGAAGUGUGGUGUGGUGGGGAAGGGAGGAAAGGAUGGGGGAUGGACAGAACCAGACAGCAGAAUAAGUUAAUGUGCUGUUUUAUACAACUCAUUUUAAGUAAAAAUUGAUGACUCACUCUCUUUUGGUCUGCAAUGUAGUGUUAAGUCAGAAGUGUGCUGCGACUUAGCGUCUGACAAACCAUGAAACAUACUGCUGCUCACAUUAAAGGUUGAAUCAAAUUUACAUUAAAUUUACAUCAGCCUUCUCUGCUGCUCCAGCUGGAUCCCUAUAAAUCUCUGGGGCCUGGUGGGAUUCAUCUGAGAAAGCUCAAAGAGCUGCUGAUGCCACUGCAAGGCCUCUCUCGAUGAUUUUUGCACUGUCUUGGGAACCUGGAGAGGUCCCAGUUGACUGGAAACUGGCUAAUGUUGUUCUAAUUUUCAAAAAGGACAAGAAGGAUGACCCUGGAAACUACAGGCCUGUCAGUCUCACUUCAGUGCUUGGUAAAGUUAUGAAGAAGAUUAUUCUGGGAGAUAUUGAAAAACAACUGAAGGGCAAUGCAGUCCUUGGUCACAGCCAGCACGGCUUCAUGAGGGGAAAGUCCUGCUGAUCAAACCUGAUUUCCUUUUAGGACAAGGUAACCCACUUGGUUGAUCAAGGGAAGCCAGCUGAUGUAAUCCUUCAGAUUUCGAUAAAGCUUUGGAUACUGUCUCUCUCAGGAUCCUU